AUUAUUAUUAUGUUUUCAUAUUAAAUUACCAGCACAACAGACCAGUAUGAUUCGGACUAACUGUAUUUUUACUCUACUUAUUCUUACGGUCACCAUCAUGUUGACAGAGGUCAGCUCUGAACAUUUUGGACCUGUAGUAGAGGAUCCAAACUUACCUAAGUAUUAUGCGAUGUCAGUGGAUUCUUUGAACCAAUAUGAAGAAGAGAACGGAUUGAAAAAUCACCAUGCCGUCGUAAAAGUAAUAAAAGUUGUUACUUCAGUCGUUGCGGGACUUUUAACCACUAUAGACUUCUACGCAUCAAAGACAGUGUGUAAAUCUAGCUUGUAUGAAUUGGUCCCACCGAAUUGUCCACUAGACAAUGUAUCUCCCUUGUUGCUCUGUCAAUCACAAUUGUGGUCAAGACCAUGGCUCAACAAGAGAGAGAUCAUCAUCGAGUGUAGUAAGGCCAUUUAAGUUUUUACAAUACUGUUGAUGUUGAAGAAUGAUGUACACAUUUAUAAUAUUUCGAAUU